GUCUCGAGCAACAAUUAAGCACCAUAGAGUCAUCUAUUUCAUCUAUUGAGAGAACUACAGACACACAGACAAAUAUUAUCAUUGAUAUUUAUGAUAAUGAAGGGCAUGUACAAAAAGUGAAACAAAAGAUACCAGAGAUUUUACAGAAAAUUGCAGCUUUAAGAAACCUAAACUUAGAAGAUGCUGUAAACAAGGCAAAGCAAGCUGUUGAAAGGUCUGGAGGUUCUUCACUGGCAGACGGAAAACUACCAGUUGAGGCAACUCCUUCUGAUAGAAAGAAAACCAAUGUGGACAAAACAGCUGAAACCAGCAACAUGGAAGAUGACUUUGAUUAUUCAGGAUUAUUCAAGCAAG